AUGGGCAGCUCAGCCACACCUGGAAAAUCCAUCUUCCGCCACUCUGCACAGCGCGUCUCACGUGAGAGCCAUCAAUUCAACUUUUCCUUGCUUGUUUCCAUCCAGAUCCAAAUCCGGUUCAUGAUUUGCAAGCGGGAGCGGAACCGGCGGGGAUUCUUUGAGUUUCUGCUCGAUGCGGAAAGCAUGUUCAGCCCUCGAUUCCUCAUCGUCAGCCUCGGGAAUCCAUUGCCAAAGUACGAGAGUCUACAUUCGGCCGGCCACUUUGUCCUCCAUGGCCUCGCAAAGACGCUUCACCUGCCGGCCUUUCGCGAGGUGACGCUGGGCAGGCAGUCUUGCUUGGUAUCUCAGGGCCCAAAGUACAUUCUCGUGCAGUCUCCGACGUACAUGAACGUCUCCGGAGGCUUUGUGGCGAGUGCGUGGCAGGAAACCGCCCGGAAAUACGGUGCCGAAUCACUCGGCCUAGUCAUUGUUCACGAUGAGCUAGAAAAGGACUUUGGGGUGGUCAAGCUUCUGCCGUGGGACCGCAGUCCGCGUGGGCACAACGGCGUCAAGAGCGUGAGAGGCUCGUUAUCGCAGAAAAGGUAUCCGGAGUCACCCUUUGCCCGCAUUGCCGUCGGCAUCGGGCGUCCUGAGGAGCGAGAUGCAGCUACGGUGAGCCGUUAUGUGCUCAAUAAAAUCUCUCGUGAGCACCGAACGACGUUAGAGGAAGAAACGCCUUGGGAUGUCGCAAAACGUCUCAUGGAACUGGAGAACCAGUGGAGGAUUGAUGUCCAGGGCGGUUCGGGAGGAACCACAGAGCCAUGA